AAUUAAAUCUGGCCGUAAAUAAGGGUUGCUGGCUAUUAAAGAUGGUAAAUAUUAAAGGUAGAGUGAGAGGAAGUUAUCGCGCAACAUCACUUGUCAGACGAGGAUAGCGAUUGUCAGCUGUACGACACUUUAAAGCCACUGCGCUUGCGUCGAACGCUAAUGUUUUCAAUUGAACAGCUGCGACAUUAUUAUUCUAACCACGUUGUUUUGAAGUUCGUAAUACACAACGUUAUAUAUAUAUAUAUUGUUGUUAUUUUGUAAAAGAUGAAGACGUGUUUUCUGUGUGACAAAAAGUGCAAUGUACUUGACUUUAAUAAUGCAUCAUUUAAAAAGUGUUCGCUAAUGUUAUUGUUUCGUCGUAAGAAAAAAUAUAAAUAUCACGACAUUUCGUUAACAACUAAAUCUACCAAAAGUUAUGGAUAUCAUAGAGUGUGUCUACAAAAAAUUACAGUUCUAAAGCAAAAAGAUAAAGAAGAAUUCGAAGAUUUUUGCAAAACACAAACCAUUCCGAAACUCCCUUCAAAUGAUUCUCAGUCAUUUCAAAAUGUAUCAUCUGCUGCUACAACAUCACAGCAAGAAGCUAUUUCAUCAACGACAAUUAAAAACAAAAAGGCAGCCUGCCUUUUUUGUGACCAUGUUGAGAAAAAAGUUGGUAAGAGACGAAUUUAUGUAUCAUUCCCGCAAUCAGAAGCAACCGUUGAAACAAUAAAAUCAAUGGCAACAAAAUUAAAUCACUCAAAACUACUAACGAAACUAGAGAAUUCUCAAUCUGUUGCUUAUCAUUCAAUUUGUAUGACAUUGUAUCGAAAUUCACUGAAACGGCAAUGUAAGGAACCUCAGGAGCCAAGAUAUUGGCACAAAAACCGACAAUUUCAUCAGUUAGCAUUCGAUUCUAUUUCGGAAAUGAUAAAAACGGAAAUUAUUGAGAAAAAUCGCGUUAUGUACCUGACUGAUUUGUUAUCACAGUAUAAAUCAUUGCUUUUGGAAUUUGCUGAAGGUGAAGUACGCGCUGAACAUUUACAGGACUAUCGUGCUGAAAAUUUAGAAAAUAAAAUAAUGAAAGCUUUUGGCGAUCGAAUAACUGUAGAGUCAUCUAUGGGGACACCAAAUAAGAAAAUUGUCUAUCAGUAUGACAUGGACACCUCAAGAUUAGCUGCUGAAAUAGCUAAGUUAGAAUCAACUGAAAAGAAUCGAUGCAGAGAUGUUGCUUACGAAUUGCGAAACUGUAUAACAUCUCUGGAAAGUACAAAGUUGCCAGAUUAUCUAACACCACAGGAUGCCAUUUUUGGAGAGUGUGCUAUUCCAGAACAACUUUUUAAUUUCGUGUGCUACUUAGUUCAAGGACCAGAUACUCGUCGUCAAAAUUUAGGUGACGACUUAAUGGAAAUAAAUACUGUGUGUAGAUACCUGAUUUAUAUUAUAUCCAAAGGUAAAGUCAAACCGUCAGAACAUCCCAUAUUAGAAGAAGUUCAACAUGUAGCAACUGAGAAUGAAGUAAAAGCAUCAAAGAAGAAGAAAUCAAAAAAUCAAAAAAGAAAAGUGGAAGAAUUAGAAAAUGGUGAUACUACUAUUCAUGAAAAUGGAGAGAAAAAGGAACUUGUUGAAGAGGGUGAAGAACCUGUAAAGAAGAAGAAGAAGAAAAAUAAAAGAUCCAAAAGUAUAGGUGAAACGGCGACGUAAAUAAUAUUCAAUUUUCUUACUUAUAUUAUUGCUAUACUUGUUAUCUUAUGCAUACACAUUCAAAGAAGUUGCAUAUUCAUUUUACAGAAUUUUGUAAAAUUUCCACAUAGCUUUUUAUACAGUUCUCCCUUACAAUUAGAAAUAAAUUUCAUUCAAUUWUUCUCUUUUAAAUUAGUAUGAAACUACUUAUAAAUUAUCUUWUUAGAUUCCYUUAGUUUCUUUCAKUUUUCCUAUUUUAUUUCAUUGUAAAAUGAUAUACUAUUAGUUAUUAUUAUCUAUAUAUUCCAGUCGAUCUUUUCUUAUCCUUAGCAAUAUGCAUUGUAAAUACCUCUAUGAAUAUUAUAUAUUAUUUUUUUCGCCAUGAUUUAACUGAUUUUACAUAGUAGUUUUUAUAACUAAUGACAUAAUAUAACAUUAUAAAAUACGGUUUUCCAUAAAUGUAGUUAUGAC